GAGCUCUACCACGGGCUCCAUCAUAGCUUCAGCACCACCAAUUCCACAACUCCAAUUCCCCAUCCAAUUCCCCAUCCAUUCCUAUACAGUCUAGCGCCACUACCCACAAAGUUCAGACCCAGCACACAAUGUCCUCAGGCCUCAUGGACACGGAGAAGGGCGGCGAGCAAACGCAGUACGAAGCAGAGUACUCCGACAUGCUCCCCCACAAGCAAGAAGCCGGACAACUGGGCGCCUCAGCAAUGCAAGGCGGAAGCACCGAGCAGCCCACCGCGCUGGAAACGCGCAAGACGGACGAGCCGAACACGCACGGCAUCACGGUCGCGGACAAGAUCCGGUAUGGGCAGAGUAUCCAGGAGGGCGGGAUGGGCGGCAAGACGAACACAGUGACUGGGCAGGCGGAUAAGCCGACGGACGAGACGAGUGCGGAGAAGCAGAGGAGAGAGCAAGGGUACGGGGGAAGCAAGGAUAUGGACCGGACGAUUGGUGCUUAGGAUGGGGUGCAUAGCACGCAUCACGGUCGAAGAAAUGAACGAUGGGGUGGACGGCUUGCA